GCCAGUGAUGUGGCGAGCGGAACGAGAACAGCUAAACCAGAAACUACAGCAAUAUUCAAACAAAACCGGUGCCUGAAGUCAACAUCAUUCCAUUUAGUUUGUUUUUGAUCAAAAGAAAAAAUCAACCGUGAUCAUGCCUAUCGACUUCUACUAUGUUCCCGGCAGUGCACCAUGCAGAAACGUUCUUCUGACUGCCAAAGCUGUCGGAGUGGAACUCAACCUCAAGUACACCGAUUUAAUGAAAGGGGAGCAUUUGACCCCAGAAUUCAUCAAGAUCAAUCCCCAACACACUGUUCCUACCCUGGACGACAAUGGUUUCGCCAUAUGGGAAAGUAGAGCCAUCAUGACCUACUUGCAAGAACAGUACGGCAAAGAUGACAGCCUGUACCCGAAGGAUCCCAAACGGAGGGCUGUGGUGGACCAACGCUUGUACUUUGACAUGGGAACUCUGUACGCAAGUUUUGCCGAAUACUAUUAUCCUGUUAUCUUCGGAAACGGUUCCUAUGACCCGGCAAAACUGGUAAAGAUCAACGACGCCUUCAAAUUCCUGGAUACCUUCAUCGGAAAUAACGACUACUCCACCGGCAACACCCUCACGCUUGCAGAUCUGGCAUUGGUUUCCACCGUCUCAACCUUCGAGCAGAUGAAAUUCGACCUCUCUCCCUACAAGAACGUCUCCAGAUGGUUAGCCAAGGUCAAGGCAACUGCUCCUGGCUACGAAGAAGCCAACGGGAAACCUUUGCUGGCUUUCCAAGAGCUGGUUGACAGACUAACUAAGGACAAGAAGUAGAAGGUUCACCGCCUACCAUGGUGAAAAGCGGUCUCUAUAGUGGUUAAAAAUUUGAAUUUUAUAUUGAAUAUAAUGGUUUUCAUAUACCAUGGAACUGUGAUCGACUACAGCUUUGCGCAUUGGCAGAAUCUCAACUGAUGAGCUUUAUUUCAGAAGAACUCAUGGCUGAAGUACUCGCUGUUUCAGUUUUUAUCUUUUGGAGGGCACG